AUGUCGGUCUCACUGUGGUGUGCAGAGGAAGAGCACGAGCACGAGCACGAGCAAGAGACCAACCUCCGGGCCCCCUGGGACCCCAACGCCUCUGGCCAGAGGGUCAUCCAGAGACUGCUGCAGACGGAGAGCAGGUACCUGCCCUCGGCCCUCUACACCGCACUCAUCCAGAGGAGCCCCGAGCGCCGGGAGGAGCUGACCAAGUGGGCGCUGGAGGUGUGCUGUGAGUGUGGCUGUGACGAGGCCGUGUUCCCCCUGGCCGUGUCCCUGCUGGACCGCUUCCUGUCGGCCUCCAUGGCCCUGCCCGCGUCCCCCUUCUGCGUGGCGGCCGCCUGCGUCCUGCUGGCCUCCAAGCUGAGCGAGAGCGACACGGUCACGGCCGACGCCCUCUGUGCCUCCGCCGACUACGACUUCAUGCCCUCCCACUUGAGGGAGAUGGAGAGGAUCGUCCUGGCAACCCUUCGCUGGGACGUCGCUGCGGUAACCCCUCAGGACUUCAUGCCACACUUUGUCUCGGCGCUGAGCGAGCAGCGAGACGGAGCCCCAGACUCCGGGGACUUCCUCAACACGCUGCGGCGCCACAGUGACACCCUGGUGGCCAUGUGUGUGUGUGACUCCCGAUUCUUGGGAAGCCCCCCGUCGCUGGUGGCCGCCGCCGCUGUGAACUCCGCCCUCAGAGGCCUGACCUCAGAAAGCCCCGAUCAGCUGAGCUACAUGGCCACCACGCUGGCUAUACUGUGCCAGACUGACUUGGCAGUGUUGCAAUACUACAGUGACGUGAUAGAGGGCGCCCUCCAAGAGCGGCUGAGGAACAGAGGCCGCCAGGGAGAAACACGGGGAAAGGCUGAGGAGGAGGAGGAGGAAGAGGUCGAGGACGAGAGAGCAAGCACUCCCACGGACCUGAGGGAGAUUGAUUUUUAAUCUGGGAGAACUCCUUUCGAAGCAGAAGAAUAUGCGAAUCAA